ACCACUGUGCUGAUUUAUUCUCCCUGAUCAUUUUGUUUUUAUAGAACCUUAUGAUAAAAAUUUGUGGAAUUUAACACUCUGAUUGGGUCUAAUGAACAUUCUGUGUUUUGAGCAAAAGCCUUCCAAGUUCUGCUGAAGCUCUAACACCAACACUCACUCUGCUGUGGGACUAUUUUGAGAGUAUGUUUAGGGUCAACAUACUUUUUAAAUCUAAAAUCCAGACUCAUUUCUUUUGAGUUCAGUGUUAUUUGUGUUCCACUUUUCACAGUGGACACAAAGCAGCUUUACAGUAAUUAAUACAUUAGAGAUAAAUAUUUUCAAUAAUAAAUCAGUUUAUUCCUAAUAGAUGAUCCAGUGUUGACAGUGGCAAAGAAAAUGAAGAAGAAACUUUGAGAGGAACCAGGGGAACCCAUUAUCAUCUGAGUGACAUUGAAUGUCCAUUUGUUAUAAGUCUAUCAUUGUUGAGGUUUUCAGAUGUUCACUGAUGAAGACUUGAGUGUAAAACUGUUCAUGCUGAUUGUUGCACUGUCUUUUUAGCAAACUGUUUAUAUUAAUUACAAUCCAAAAUCCAUCAUCUUAGUUCUUGAGUGAAACCUCCACAGUAACCUCAUGAUUAUUCAACACCUGUAGAGCAUCUGUGAAUGUGCGACUCACUGACUCUGGGUGCUUGGACCCCAAAAAUGAUGCUUACAUCGAGAGGAAACCAGCAGUCAGGCUGCUAUCAACAUGAUCAGUCAUGGAGAUGUUGCGUAAGAACAAGGUCUUUCUCAUCGACACUCUGUCCACGGACUCCAUCAUCGUUUUACAGCACGUCCAGAACGACAACAUCAUCACCAAGCGUGACUACAACAAUCUCAACCAGCCCAAAGACACAGGUGAGAAGAUCAUCAUCAACCUCCUGGAUAAUGUGAUGGGAAAGGGUGAAGAGACGUGUCAGAAACUUCUGAAGAUGUUGGAGAAAAAAGAGCUUCAGGAGAUAUUUCCUCAGCUGAAGGAGCUCUCCAUAACUCAACAAACACCUCAACAAACAUCAGAGGAGAGAACGAAUGGUCCAGUCAUGACACCAGCAGCAGAGCAGAGCAAAGGAUUUGAGUUUGUGGAUAAACACAGAGGAGCUCUGAUACAGAGAGUUACUUCAGUAAUGGAGAUUGCAGAUGGUCUUCUGUCCAAGCAAAUGAUUACUAAUGAAGUGUAUAAUACCAUCCAAGCUGCAGCUACAUCUCAGGAGAAAAUGAGGAUCAUGUACUGGUCUUUUAACUCAAGAGCUGUGAAAGGAGAAUUUUAUAGAAUCCUGAAGCAGAAACAGCCGUAUUUAGUGCAGGAUCUGGAACAGGAAAUGUGAAUUCUGUAGAAACAGUUGUAGUUAAGUGGAUUAAUGAUCUUCUACGUUGUGCUGUAGUUAGAUUUUCAGGUGUUUCUCGAUUUCACCUCUGGUGUUUUUUUAACGGGAAAGUAGUAGAUUGUUUUUUUUCUUACGGUAUAAUCAGGAUUUCUACGGGUUCUAGAAAAUAUGGAAUUAAAUCAAAUUUUAUUUCUGUAUUAUAUUUUAAUUGACCAAAGACUGAACAUAAACUGUAGAUCUAAUCAGACUUGAUGCAGGUGACAGCUGGAGGUGAUAAUUACAGUUUGAGAUCCUCAGAUGUUCAGAAGGUGAUGGUAUUUGAGGGAAAUAAAUGUCAGUAGUAAAAUGAUCUCUGGAGUAAAUUGAAGGCGACACAUGACACAUGACCUGGUGUUUAAUCCUCUUGGCUGAAUUCAUGGUGCUUCAAUAAACCUGUAUAAUAA